AUGAAUUUUGGACUCCCUACAGAAAUAAACGGGUUACCAAGUAACAGGAGUAAUAAUAGCUCGUUCAAUCCUGGUCCUAGUAAACCUUAUCCCGACCCUAUAGGUGACAUGCAGAGAUUUGUUACGAACCUUCAGAAUCAAAUCAAUGAGAAAGAAACCACGAUCAAAAGGUUACAAGAACGUAUUGAUAGACUUGAACAAGAAAAAAUGAGGAUGAUCUCGACAAACAAAUUCGCAUCUCCUGUAAACGAUUUUCGGUCAAGAGAAGCCGAUUUCAGAAGAUCAAUUGAUAAAGCGAUUGAAAGUUUUCUGGGAGGUGGGGUUGGGGAGUAUACUGCUAAUCGACUACCAUCAUGGCAAAAGAACUCAUCAGUUCAAGCUAUAGUAACAUCAGCUCACACCGCGCAACCUUCCAUUCCAGAACGAUCCAAUGAUGAGAAUUCUACUGGUGCAGUUAAUUCUAUUGAAAAUGGCUAUACCGCGGCAUCAAUUACUGUAUUUCAGUCACAAAAUGAAGAAUCGCCACAGGAAACACCCGAAGAAAGCUCAAGAGAUCAACAGAAUUACAGCAACAGUGGUGGCAGUCCUAUUAGUAUUGAUGAAAUAAGAUCAAAUACUUCUACUUCCACGGCAAUUACACCGACGACUGGAACCACCGCAUCAACAACGAGCAAUCGACGUACAAUGCAGCCACAAGCCUUACGCGAGAUAUUUCCACAAGAAGAUGCAAGUGUUCGAGAGAUUCGUCAAUCGCAAACUAAAUCGUUUGCUCAUAUCGAUUUUCAAAAUAACGAUGCAUUAAAUCGCGCAUUGGAAAAGCACGGAUUGUUAUUACAGAAUUAUGGUGUGCCUGGAAGUCUUCGCGUCGAAAAAGGAAAACCACGGGCUCAGCAACCACGCCCACAAUAUCAAUAUCCAGCAAAUAAACGACCAAAUAAUCAUGUCAACCAAAGCGAACCUUAUCGCCCAUCUGUUGAAAAACCAAAUAAUUGGACUAAUAGUUAUAAUCCGACUAAUACCGCAAAUAGCAGCGAAACUUCUGCAAUCGGAGCAUCAACAACUGCUAGUAUCUCUAAUCAAAACGAACCUAAAAGUAGUGAUGGCGUUUAA